CGCGGAACAGGAAAUGAGCAUGAGGAUCCCAAAGACGAAGAUUUUUAAUUUAAACAGCGUAUUAAACCCGUUCAUAACGACCAGGCAGAAUUAAUCAACUGCAGUUCAACAACAGACAUGGGUGACAACAAAGUCGCUGGUUCUACCAAAGAGAGGCUGCAAAGGCUGGAGGAGCUUCGAGGCAAACCCAUUGGUUCUGUGCCCUUCUGGGAUGUGGUGGUCAUCACAGCUCUGGACAGCCAGCAGAAGCAGGUCUAUGAGCUGCAGAUCACAAAGAAACUGCAAGGUGGCCAACUCCCCCUUGGGGUGAAGUACCUGGUGUUUGCUGAUCCUCCAGGAGCCAAGAUCGGCUGCGGUGGUUCAACCCUGGAGGUCCUGUAUCAGCUCAGGCAGCAGUACGGCAAAGAGCUGGACAACUGGAAGGUUCUACUCAUCCAUGCAGGGGGGUACAGCCAGAGGUUACCAAGUGCCAGUGUCCUAGGCAAAGUCUUCAUGGCCGCCCCCCUAGGCUGCCCCAUGUGGCAGAUGCUGGAGCUGAAGUUGGCCCUGUACAUGGACUUCCCACAGCGCAUGAAGCCCGGCAUCUUCCUCUGCUCCUCUGACACGGUCGAGACGUUUGAGUGUCCUCCUCACGCAAACUGGUCCUUUACACUGGACGGUUUCACUGCCCUGGCCCACCCCUCCCCUGUAAGUAUUGGUACAGGCCAUGGUGUAUUCAUUCUGGAUGGAUUAGAUAGUGUAGACGGGGUAACCGGUAACAGUGUAGAGAGUGUCUCUAUGAGGGAGUGUGAACAGUUCAUCCAUAAACCUACUGUACAAGAGAUGCAUUCUAAAGGUGCCGUCCUGCCACAGGAAGCUUCAAAAUGCUUCUUGAAAAAUACAAACAGCACAGAGCCCAUUGUGUACACUGACAGUGCUUUCUACUUUGACCACCAAACUGGAGACAAACUGCUAGACUUCUAUGAAAAGAACAGACCACUGAAUUGUGAGCUGGAGGCCUAUGGAGACUUUCUCAGGCCUCUUGGUCCCAAUGCCACAGAUGAGUAUGUCAACAUUGCUGCAAAUGUUUGUGAGGCCACUUCGGACUUGGCACCCACAAAGACAAAACUAUUCGAACUGCUGAAGGGGUUACCCUUACAUGUUGUGCUAAUGAACAAUUCACGGUUCUACCACCUUGGCACCACUGCAGAAUACCUGGACCACCUCUGCUGUAAUGCAUCCUUCCAAACAGAACUGGGACUGUCUCCCAAAGUCUUCACUGCCAUUUUAGCUGAGGAAAACAAGGCAUCAGAAACGGUACAUAAACUUUCCAAACUGGCGCACAUUUCUGACGAAGUCUGCUUGAUGCACAGUGUUGUUUCAUCAGAUGCCACCAUCGGUGGAAGAACGGUUGUUGAGUACAGUGAUGUUGGCCCCAAUGUGGACGUCGGUGCCAACUGUAUCAUUAGCAAUUGUGUGUUGAAAGCAAAAACUGCUACAAGUUGUGUCGUGCCAGACUAUAGCUUCAUGCACUCUGUAGCAGUGACAGAGAAAGAGACAAAAGUCCAGAGAUAUGUGACUAUCAUGUUUGACAUCAGGGAUGACAUGAAGAAGAGUGUAGCUCCAGAAGAUGCUGGGAAGCUCAGGUACUACGGGAUGUCGUUUGACAAUGUUGCUGAGUGUCUUCAAAAGGCAACACCCCAGCAACUGUUUCCUAGCAACACCCAAUCCUGCAGUCUUUGGAAUGCGGAGUUGUUCCCAUUGUCAGAUGACAUGGCAAGUUCCACAUCUGUUGCCAUGGGUAUGGUGAGAGCAUUACAUGGUGGGAAGACGUGCCCUGGGGGUGAUGACAUCAAAAGGGUGUCCAUGGCAACUGUCAUGAGUGAGAGAGAUACAACAGGAAUGCUUCAGUUCCGAGACAAACUCCUUGAUAAGAUCAGUGCUGCCUUGAAGAAGUGAUUCACUCAAACUAACUGUUAAAAUCUCAAAAAGCCAAGGACUGACUUUGAUUGCAAUACCCAGUAAGUUGACUAAACAGUGUACAUUACAUGUAAAAAAACUGGGAGGUUGCUGAUUGGUCCAUAAUUAACCAAUCACAAACUAUGUUUCUCUACACACCUCAUGGUACCAGUAUUUGCACUGGCCUCUCCUCUAAGUCACUUUGUACUGGUCUUCCCAACUUUGGCAUAGGUGAUGGAUGCAGUAUUUGUCAUGAUAAUAUAAAAGCAUCAUUCUAUGAAAGUGUCCACUGCUAUGAAGGGCAUGAAUAUGGGGCAGAAAUUUAUUGAUAAUAUUGAAUAAAUUUCUAUGUUUCAACAGAGUCUAAGGGUGUUGAAAACUUUGUUGUUGCUUUUUUCUCAUCGACUGCUGUAACAGUGUACCUGUAAAGGUCAUCGUUCUGCUAACAAGUUCGUUGGAAGAAGGCAUUGUUAUCGGAUUACUUCCACUAGCUACAGGUCAUUUGGAAUAAUUGUCGUGCUUGAGUCAUAACCAACAAUACGCUGAUUAGACCUGUUUCAGGAUUGAUUAAUGACCGUGUCUAUUGUGUGUGGCGGGAAUUAGCUGGCGUGGGACCAACCUGCAUACGGUUUUAUCUUCAACAUCAACAUGCCUCUGGCUGUUUCUUUCUUUGUGCUAUCCUGUCUUGAGUGACGUUUUGGAACGAUUCCCUUAUGUCUACAAAUCUUCCUCUUUCUAUUGUGUUAUGAUGGUUGUUUCAACAGUGAACUCAAAGAUUAUGUGAAGUCUUGACAUUCACAGUGUCGCAAAAUUUCAGUGCCGCAGAGUUUGUACAAUGUAACGUUACAUGGCUCAGAAAGUUUCUGUACCGUCUCAAUGUCAGCAGCCAUUGGUGCAAAAUGGACCUGCGGGUAUCCUACAGAAUACAGAACAAGAGAAAGUAGGGGUCAAAUAGGAUCGUAAAUCACCAUUUUGCAGACAGCUUAAGUGCGACAUUUGACCCUGAUGAGAACAAAGAAAACACACCUGUGGCCUCUAACCUUUUUUGCAACAGUCUAGAAGUAAAGCCAUGACCAAAACAAGCACCCCUUGUAGCUUUGAUCACCAUAAUUCCAGUAAUUAUAGGAUUUGCGAUCUGGAUGACAGAUGGUAUCUAUAACGAUAACUGAAACCUUGACUUUUAUGUGAUAUUUUGAAUGACAUCAUGACCUUGGUAGAUAUACUAUAUAGUCUUCAAAAUGAGCCGAGGCUUUGACUAAUGGUUUUGCCUUAUGAUUCCUUAGUAUUUGCUGCUACUGGUUUGUUAGAAAAAAGAUUGGCAGCAUACAAUCAUGUGAUUUGGCCUGUUGUUUUUGCUUGGCAUCUGUAGUUGAAGAAGAAAUUGGCAGGAGGCUCAGACUGUAGUACAUACAAAAUUUAAUGGUGAAAAUCCAUUUAAAACCAAAUGUUGGGGAUGAAAACAUUAAUACUUCUGUACAAUACAACUGAUUUUGACAGAUGUUUACUAUGGUAGGUUUUUAUACUGAGCAUAACAGUACUUUGCAAUUUUUGACAUUAACGAGGAACGGUAUCUGUUGAAACAUUCGAAAGUCAUGCUUAACACUCGUGUAUGUAUAAUCACCCUCUUUCUUUUCUAAUGUGUAACGUUAUCUAGGUUAAACUUUGACUAUCUUUCUCCAGAAUUUGGUCUGCUUACAAGUGAAUUGGCACUUCUUAGAGUAGAAAAUUGGCAUUUCAGAUCAGGAUUACAAGACAGAGAGAUCAAAGCCUAGGUGUGGAGGCAAGGUGCAAAACAAGUUGCCUUUUAAGGUAAAGAUUCCUGGAAAUGUUUUUUACUAUGAAUUCUUCCACCCCACUCCGUCUUAAGAAUUAGCCGCAAGCAAAAAAAAAAAGAUGACAUACGACUGAGGCAAAGCAUUAUGCUUCUUCGAUAGCUAGAACCAAGGAGGUUUAAAAGAGAAACCUCCUGCUAGAAGCAAGCAAAGUUUAUCGAUGAAGAGACAAUUUUGACAGAGAGAUGGCAAGAUUUAUUUUAUGUAUCAUGAUACUAGAUACAAACAUUGAUACCAUCAAGUAUACAACAUUUCGUAAAGAAUGAGUUGCACAGGUAUAGAUAUAACUAAGAUAAUAGGUAGACCUGAGGUAUAAGCUAUUUUCUUUGUAUUCUGCAAAUUUUCAUAACAAUGGGUAUCAUGUCUGUUUUGUGUAAGUGAAAUGGAUUUAAUGUGUACUGACAUUGACAAUGACAACACUUACACCCCAUCACACAAACUGAACAGAUGCCCAGGUUAACUGUCUAGGUCGCCCAAUAUAACAGCAUUGUUAUUGAUCUCAGACUCCCCUCUGGCAGAACUUUUUCAAUGAUUCAGACAAUUUUUAUUCUCACACCCCCCAUUAUGUUAGGGGAACAGGAAUGCAGACUGCCCCUCCCUCUAGUGUAGAAACAGUUACUGUAACUCACUUCAUGUUCGCGGUAGCGAAAUUUCAUAGUCCGAAAAAAACGGAGGUGUUAAAUUAUGGAUCUAUUUGUUCACGGUGGCAGUAGGUA